AUGAAGUACGCUACCAUCUUUCUUGCCGCCGCGGCUACCGUUUCCGCCCACUCCACAUGGCAGCAACUCUGGGUUGGCAGUGAAGACAAGGCUGGAACUUGCGUGCGAACCGUCAAGGACAACAGCCCCAUCACCAGCAUAACCUCGUCCGACAUGUUCUGUGGUCGUGGACCCGCUUCCACAUCCGGCGUCUGUGAAGUUGCUGCCGGCAGCUCCCUCACCGUCGAAAUGCACGCCCAGCCCAACGCACGCUCGUGCUCGCAACCCGCCAUCGGCGGCAACCACUACGGCCCCGUCAUGGUCUACAUGGCCAAGGUCGCAGACGCCAAAACCGCAACCUCAGGCUCCUUCUUCAAGGUUGCUGAGGACGGCUACAAGGGCACGACCGCCACCUGGGGUACCGAGAUCCUCAACGCAAACUGCGGCAAGCGCGCCUUCACUGUCCCCAAGAACAUUGCUUCGGGUGACUACCUUGUCCGCGCCGAGGUUAUUGCUCUGCACGCGGGAGCUGGCCAGUCACAACCGUACGUUAGCUGCUUCCAGGUCAAGGUUACUGGUGGUGGUAGUGCGACGCCUGCUGGAGUUAGCUUCCCGGGUGGUUACAAGACUAGUGAUUCGCUUUUCACUCAGUCGAUUUACAACUCCGACUUCAAGUACGUCAGCCCUGGACCGGCUGUGUACAGUGGUUAG